GACACUCGCGGGGCAGCGGUGGGGGGGGAGGCGCGGCGCUGGUGCAAGUGGCCCCCCCGGCGCCGGGCACACGCGCCCCGCGGGCACACUCAGCGGCGGGGGGGGGGUUGCGGCCCGGAGGCCACGCAGGGCGGGCCGGGCGCUGUGGAUGCGUUGGCCCCCGGCGUAGCGGCGUCCGAGCCGGGGCUUCGCGCUUCCUUCCCUUCCCUCUCGCUGUUGGCCGGGCCGGGGCGGGGAGGGGGCUCCGGGGCUGAAAGAUGGAGACGGUCGGUCGCAGCAGCUUCCAGCCGCACCCCGGGCUGCAGAAGACCUUGGAACAGUUUCAUCUGAGCUCCAUGAGCUCCCUGGGUGGCCCGGCCGCCUUCUCCGCCCGCUGGGCGCAGGAGAUGUACAAGAAGGACAAUGGCAAGGAGCCGGCGGAGCCCGUCCUCCACCUGCCCCCCAUCCAGCCCCCGCCGGUGAUGCCGGGCCCCUUCUUCAUGCCCUCGGACAGGUCCACGGAGCGCUGCGAGACCAUCCUGGAAGGGGAGACCAUCUCCUGCUUCGUGGUGGGUGGGGAGAAGCGGCUCUGCCUGCCGCAGAUCCUGAACUCCGUGCUCCGGGACUUCUCCCUGCAGCAGAUCAACUCGGUGUGCGACGAGCUGCACGUCUACUGCUCCCGGUGCACGGCCGACCAGCUGGAGAUCCUGAAAGUCAUGGGCAUCCUGCCCUUCUCGGCCCCGUCCUGCGGGCUCAUCACCAAGACGGACGCCGAGAGGCUCUGCAACGCCUUGCUCUACGGGGGCACCUACCCGCCCCGCUGCAAGAAGGAGUUCUCCAGCACCAUCGAGCUGGAGCUCACGGAGAAGAGCUUCAAGGUGUACCACGAGUGCUUCGGGAAGUGCAAGGGACUCCUCGUGCCGGAGCUGUACGCCAACCCCAGCGCUGCCUGCAUCCAGUGCUUGGACUGCAGGCUCAUGUACCCGCCUCACAAAUUUGUGGUCCACUCGCAUAAAUCCCUGGAGAACAGGACUUGCCACUGGGGCUUUGACUCGGCUAACUGGAGGUCCUAUAUCCUCCUCAGCCAGGAUUACACCGGGAAAGAGGAGAAAGCAAGGCUGGGCCAGUUCUUGGAUGAAAUGAAAGAGAAAUUUGACUACAGCAACAAAUACAAGAGAAAAGCACCCAGGAUCCCUUCAGAUCCUCCUGCUUCCAAAAAGCCCAAAAUUGAUGACCCUGCUUCCCAGUCUCCAACUUCUGCCGAGAAGGAAAAGCAGUCCAGUUGGUUACGGUCCUUGUCUGGUUCAUCCAAUAAGAGUAUUGGUUGUGUCCAUCCCCGUCAGCGCCUCUCUGCUUUCCGGCCUUGGUCCCCUGCUGUUUCAGCAAACGAGAAAGAGCUCUCGACACAUCUUCCCAUAUUAAUCCGAGACAGUUUUUACUCCUACAAAAGUUUUGAGAAUGCUGUGGCCCCCAACGUGGCUCUCGCGCCUCCUGCUCAGCAGAAGAUUGUAAGCAAUUCCCCAUGUGCCACAGUGGUGUCACGGAGCAGUGAGCCAAUGAGCAGCCCGGUCCAGCCGCGGAAAAGGAAGCUGACUGCAGACAACCCAGCAGUCCCGGAAGCAGUGACCACCGUCACUGCUACCGAAGAAGACAAAGAGUCAGAAGCAGAGAUUGAAGUAGAAACCCGGGAGGAAUGUAAGUUCACCUCAUCCCUGUCCUCGCUCUCCUCCCCAUCCUUUACUUCGUCCAGCUCUGCGAAGGACAUGAGCUCACCUGGGAUGCAAACCACAGCCAAUGUCAGCAACUCCUUUGAGGUUGCCACCCACGCUGAGUCUCACAGCAGCGGGUUGGAAGCUGAACUGGAGCAUCUAAGGCAGGCCCUGGACAGCGGCCUGGAUACUAAAGAAGCCAAAGAGAAAUUCCUUCAUGAAGUGGUUAAAAUGAGAGUGAAGCAGGAGGAGAAGCUAAAUGCUGCCUUGCAGGCUAAACGAAGCCUGCACCAGGAGCUGGAGUUCCUGCGCGUGGCUAAGAAGGAGAAGCUGAGAGAGGCAACUGAGGCAAAGCGCAACUUGAGGAAAGAGAUCGAACGUCUUAGAGCUGAGAACGAGAAGAAAAUGAAAGAAGCUAAUGAGUCGCGGAUACGACUAAAGCGGGAACUGGAGCAAGCCAGGCAGAUCCGAGUGUGUGACAAAGGAUGUGAAGCAGGCAGGCUGCGGGCCAAGUACUCUGCCCAGGGCAUGUGGAAUGCAAGGCCAUCCACUGUUCCAAGCCCCCUGAAAUGACCCAGCAUAACAGGCUGAGCUGAGAGCCAAGUGGCAGCCUCCUGGAUUUCCGUGAGAAACACCAGUCAAGAGGAGUCUGCUGCAGUGCUCUGCCCCCCCUUUCCCCUCCCACUGAAACAACCUGAUUGGUCCUUAAUUCCCUCCUGAUUGAAAGAACACCCCUCGUUAACCCUUUCGCAACCUCACCCUCUCCAAAAAACCCGAAGUAGCACUUCUCCCCAAUUCCCUCCACUCACCGGCCUCCCCUGUACUGCCAUCUAGCCUUAUUCAGUCCCUCGACCACCUUCUGCCAAACCCUCUCCCCCACUGGUUCCCAGUCCAAGAAUCUGGCAGAUAAAUGGUUAAUAAGGGAGAUGGGUUAGAGAGAGCCUAGAGAGUUUCUGGCAGGAGGGAGAUGGGGCAGGUUUCGCUCUCAGUCCAAGCAGCUGACUUCCUGCCACGGUUCCUCUCUCCACACUAACUUCCUAUCUCCCCCCGCCCUCCCACCCAUCCUUCCCCCAAAACUCCCAGCAAGUGGCCAGUUUUAUGUUGUUUUAGCAUCGGUUGGGGGGGAGAUUAAUAAUGAUUUUUGAUAGAUGUAGCCCUACACAGAGCAGAGAUACAUGUAACAUUGAUGCAAACACCAUAUAAGUAGCAUGCAUUUGAACUACUAGAGGAUUGGGUCAUGGAUCAACAUAGGUGUGUUCACAUUAGUUCAUACCUAACGAAGCAUGUCAUUACACACACAUCCCCUCAUUUGGGGCUGGAUUGCAGGUCACAUUCUUCCCAAAUACCAAAACUUAAAACUGCAGCCUUUCCAAGAGUCUCUUUAAAAGGAAAAAAGAAAAAGCAACAACCUAAAUUUAUCUAACCCUGGUUCUCAAUAACGGGAAGGGGAGUGGUCCAAUUGUACCAUUCGGAGACAUGCCUAACCAGUAGACCAGAAGCAGGAAAUGAUGUGGGCUUCCUCCCUAGCAUCUCAGGAUGUCUCACUGAUAAGAGGUGUCCAGACUAAACAUACCCAGACUGAGCUCUGUUGCACUGGGCGUUACCUGCAAUUGACUUCCACUUUAGCAACAAAAAAACCAACAAAACCCAAGGCGACAGGUCAUGCAGAUAAAAUAAACUCUUUAAUUUCUGGAUAGAGCUUUGCUGAGCUGCAGGUAUGUCCUCUCUUGCAUUUUGCUCUGGAUGAAAUUUUUUUUUUCCAUCUCCCAUAAUACCCCCAGUAGGGGGGUUUUCAGCUACAUGUAUCUAGCAUGAGGGCUAACAUUUGCAAAGGCACCUAAAUGACUUAGGAGCCUAAGGCUAAAAUUUUCAAAAGGGACUUAGGCAUUUAAGAGGCUAAAAAUUUUGAAGCAAGUCAGUUGGACUUACACACCUAAGUGUUUUAGAAAAUUUUACACACUCUGUCCUUACGCCUUAAUUUGUAGCUGCCAAAGUUGCACAGGAAGAGAGAGCAAGAGCAUGUACGUGUGCAUGUGUUUUCAUAAUUUGUUACUGAUUUCAAAGAAAACACAGUUCUUUUGCCAGGUUUUAGUCUGAGAAAUAGCAUCAAACAAGCAUGAGAAGACAUAAUAAACCCAGGGCUGGGCUUGUUGACAGGAGUUUAAAAGAGUUAGAGGCCAACUCCUAGUGAAAGGCAGGGCAAGCUGGGCUCUGAACUCCCUUAUCCUAGGCCAGAGGGCCAAAUUCAGAGUGGGUGUAAAGAUCCUGUACCUGCUGAUUACAGGUCUGGUUUUGGCCCUAGGAAGGCAAGGCAUGAAAUGCCAUGCGGCUGCAGAUGUUUUCUGUUACCUCUACCGCUGAGCUAAGUUACACUUUACAAGUUAGCACAGUUCUCAUCCCCAUCUACACCCCUGCAUGCUGGGGUUUGCACUUGCCAGUUAUGGAGUCAGACACUCAGACUAUUGGGCCUGAGUCGGUGAGUAGCUGAGCUCUUCAGGGGGUUUGGGAUUGCUGAGGAUGGUCACAGGCUGAUGCCCGAUGCUGGACUAUGGAUAGAGGGUGUUGGUUCAUCUUCCCACUGCAGCAUAACUGGCAAGCCCCAGAUUCGGCAUACAACCCCCUCCCUGCCUGGAAGGUGCUAACCCUUCCUCUCUUGUGUAAGGAUCCAUGGGCUGUUUGGCCCAGUUUCUGUGUGGGAAGCCCAUCAGUUUAGGGCCCAGCAGCCACUUACAAAAUGAGCUUGAUCAGCUGCCAGUUUAGCAUUUACCUCAACACGCCAAGGCCAGAAGGGACCGCUGUGAUCCUCUAGUCAGACCCCCGGUGUAGCCCAGGCCUUGGUCUUUCUCCAGAGUAAUUCCUGUUUGAGCUAGAGCACAUCUCUUAGAAAAAAGAUCCAAUUGUGAUUUAAAAUUUACCCAGAAUCCACCACACCCCUGGAUAAAUUGUUCCAAUGGUUAAUUUACCCUCCACGUUAAAAACGUAGGCCUUAUUUCCAGUCUGAAUUUGUCAGAGUAGCUUAAAGAGCUACAGCCUGUGGCUGUGGGGGGGAAGGGGAAAUUUCAGACGGUCACUUCUUUCCUCCUUCAGCCCCACACCUCAAACCCAGCUGCCCCUCUACAUUACUAGCAUUGUCUUCCCGUCCUCAACGUCCCUUCCAUUUAACAUAAAAGGUGUAAGGAUUCUUGCUUGUGUGUAAGAUGAGAUCACAGUUGGCUGAUUUGGGGGGCUGUGACCAGCUGGCCAAUCAGAAUGCAUUUUUGGAGAAUCAUGCUAAUAACCCAUCUAAAAUGCAUGGAAAUUAGUCACAUUAGUUAUUUAGCAGGCAGUUACACCCUUGCAUGUUGCUACCUUAAAAGUCCAUGGGCACAAGAACUGCACUGGGUGGGGCUUCAGUAAAUGACCUGCUUGGUCUUUCCUAUCUCUAACACUUCUGAGAGUCAUACCAUACCAUUGGUCCACCAUGUCUUGUAAUAGUGAAGUGCUUCCAAGAAGGCAAACCGUUCCCAUAAUGCACACAGUGAACUGUACGGGGGCGGGGGGAAGGAAUGACUAAAUUCCUUCCUGAUCCUCUUAUCCCCUGCAGCAGGAGGGUACGUCACUCUUUUCAGAGCCUAUAUAAAUUACUCGUGUUAUUGGUCUGAAAUGAUCUAGUCCUUGUCUGAAGACACAAUGGACCCAAACUACAAUGGUGUGUUUUCCCCCCACCCAUUUCCUUUGCUCUAGAUUGAAGACCUACAGGUUAAGCUUCAGCAUGCCGAGGCUGACAGGGAACAGCUCCGAGCUGACCUGCUGCAUGAGAGGGAGGCUCGGGAACACUUGGAAAAAGUGGUCAAGGAACUUCAGGAACAACUGUGGCCUAAAUCAAGCAAUCAUCCCAGCAGUGAGAACACAGCAAAUGACAUUGAGAACUAAACAUCAUCUAAUCCAUAUACAGAAUAACAUAUAUGCACAGUAAAGGAGGAUGUGUGUGGGGGGGUGUAUGUGCAUGUGUGAGUGGGUGUGUGUUGCUCUGCACACAUCUAUAAAUAUGGACUUUAUUAUUGGUUGGAGGGCAGAUGUUACUCUUUACAACAGAAGCACUGACUUACACCUCUUUUUUUCAAUCCAUAUAGCACAACGUCUUACUGUGCCUAUACCACACAGAGUGUUUAUAAACUAAAUACUUUUGAGUCCACUGCAAAUUUUCUACUGGCAAACUUCAAGCAAGCAGCAUCGUCCAGCUCAGACCAGAGUAUAAGGCAAGCCGCCAUGGCAGUGCUUUGACGUUGUUCUUGUGCUUGCUGGAAGACUUUGGAAUGUCAAACCAACACACAAAAAACCCACCCAACUUUUUGUUAUAAGCUAUUUAAAAUGAUGACAUUAUACAGACUUGGUAUUAAAACAAUUAACGAGAUUUUUUUAUAACGAACCUUUAAAAGCAAAACAAAAGAAUUGAAAAAAAAAAAAAACACCCACCCUUGAUGCACAAUUUUUAAAGGACUUGUUACGGGCUUUGGGAUUCUUAUUGUAGAAGCCCUCUGGUGAUGUUGCCAUUUCAUCAGCAAUUUUCUACCCCUUAGGAAGCCAUCACAGUUUUAACACUGUCAUGGGGUUCUAUGAGAAUUUCAGAGUGCUUUUCAAAGUUGAUUUUUUUUCUUAGGAUGAACGAUCCUCGUUUUCCUCUACUAAAUCCAGGAAGAAAGGAGGAUGGAGGGGAGUGCCUGUGUGGGGAGAGUGUAUGCUAGAGAGAGAUAAAUCCAGCCUUAUUGACUUCAGUGUUUGUAAAUCACGCCAUAAUUUUUAAAGAUAUCUGUCAUUAACUGAGGUGUUCAAAAGACUCACUUCAUCCAAGAGCACUUCAGUUUUAGGAAAAGAAUGGAAGAAGAAAGAAAGUGAAUGAACUUACGUUGGUUGAAAGAUAAGCAAAAAAGAGACAGUCAUUCUGAAAUCUUUACUUCAGUUUUCCAGAGAACUCAUCUUUGUUACACAAUCUUGUCAUAAAUUCAGUAUUGAUUUACCUACUCAGCAUCGUCUGUCAGGAUUACUGUGCCCGAGGACAGUGCAACACCAGAUACUACAGAAAACUAAGAAUGACACUUCUGCUGCUGUGAAUAAGGCUACAUCUUUUAUUUUUUUUAAAUAAUAGAAAUUACUUUAAUUUUGGGAUCCAAGCCGCAGCCCUGGAAUAAAAAUGCAGCAUUACAUCACUUUGUCUUUUUUAUUAUUAUUUUUAUUAUUUUUUAAAGAACUGCACUUUGUCAAAAUCUUCCUCUGCAUUUUAUUCCACAGUUGUAAAGUUUACAGGUUGAUUAUUCUAGGUUGAACCGUGCUUUAAAGACUUCAAAACAUCCACCCGAUUCUCCACAGCCUGGCACGUCAUGUCAUCAUUCACACCCAGGCAAAGUGAAUGCAGACCAGGGACCGAGCUACCAAAUCAGGAUUUUCCAUAUAUGUAUGCUAGUAGCAGUAUUUUACACUCGCUUUGUGUAGUUGUACACAUCGACAAAGUGGAAGGAUGUGGAGAUUUGGGCUCUCCCCAUGUAUUUAUCAUAUAUAUACACAUGUGCUUUACUGAACAAGGGAAUUGUUUAAUAAAAAAAACACAUGCGUAUCUCAAUGUGCAUCCAAGUUUAAAGGCAUAUGGUGAAAAUUGGACCUGGGGCUGCUGAUGUACCUUUCAGCAUCUCGUAAAGGAAAUGCUGACUUUUUUUUCAACUUAAAAAAAAGGAGGGUGGGGGGUAACCUGUGUAUCAUUAUAAACAGAAGUUAUUCUCUCAGUGAAGCACAUUCCUAGUAAUCUUUAUUUUCUUUUUGGACAUUUAUGCAAACUGUGUAAGCUUGAAAAUUAUUUCCCAGUAGACAAAAAGCGGCUGCCAAUCCUAAAAUUAUAGUAUUUACUUACAGUGCAUUAGAGAGAAAUAAAAGAUUUUUUUAAUUUUUUUUAAACAAGAGCUGUUUGCUUGAAUCCAUUAUAAUAACCAUUGUAACUCUGAGCAUUAAUGGGAAGUAAAAUUCAUAUAUGUUUUAGGUACAAAGAAAGAAGGUAUAUGAAAGGAAUCAACUUAUGGGGACAAUGCAGAACUGUGGGGAGCAAAUUGUUAUACCAAGUAAAUUACAUGGAAAUUAAAAUUGUCUGUUUAAACAGGGGAUUUUGCCCUUGUGUGUUUGGGAUGGUGGAGAUUGAAUUAAGGUGCAAAUCUCCUCUUCUAAAGUGCAAUGCAAAAGGAACAUUGUUUAUGCAGGGGUAUUUUUUUAUGUGGGGCUGGGUUUUUGUUUUGUUUUUGUUUUUUUGCUUCUUUGUAUUUUUUUCUGCAGUUAUUAAAAAAAAUCAUAUGCAUGGAAUUAAAAUCUCUGCCAUAUGUAUAUUCAUUAAUGGGCAUUAUUACUGUCUUAUGUAAAGGGUUUGUUAUGCAAUAUGCAUAAAACUGUUCUCAGCCUUAUGAUUUCCACAUCUGUAUUUUUCAGUUAUUUCUUAAAGGGAAACUAAAUAAUUUAGCUUUAGCUGAGUGUUGCAGAUUUUUAGAAGGUCUCUCAUAUGCUGUGCUCUAUUGCCGUGUCAAGAAAUUACACAUAGAACAAACCUGUUAUUUUUCACCAUGCUGGCUUCUUUGAAGCAGAAUGUUUGUAUUGUUUCGUCUAACCUUUGAAUGUCUCUUUCCUUAUGACCUAACAAAAAUUUGCAGCGUGUUGAAGCCUCCACCUGUCUCAUCCAGGAAAAACAACCUUCUUACCUGCAGCACCUCAUAUAUUUCAUCCUUGUAUUUAUGCAGCAUGUAUAUUUAUUCACUGGCAUAACUUCUCCUGUGUAUAUGAAGUCUUUUUCCUCAAAAAUGAAUGAACUCUGCAUUUUUUUCAGGGAAGGAAAAAUAAGAUCGUAAAUAGCUUUAUCGAGAAACACCAAGGAAGAAAAUUCUUCGUAUUCAAACUGCAUGCCAUUAGGUUUUAAAAGUUUAGAUUUUUCACAUGAUAUGUUACAAUAAAUCUGUUGAGUGUAAUCUCUUGACUGCUAGCUUUACUGUGUUUCAAAUUAACAUCGAGCACUAAGUAGGAUUAUUUUAAAUUGGAGGAAACAACCUAUUAGAAAAUCACUUUAAAUUAAGGUUUAAACCGAUGCAGCGAAAUAAAGUUAAGAAGCCCACCCCCAAUAGUGCAAGAAGACUAUGGGAACAAACUGUCUACACCAGCAACUCGUUAAUAGGAGAGUUCUGUAAUGUGGGGUUUGAUUGUUUUUGUCUCUCCAAAAUACAUUUUGCAAUGAGCAAAUAGUAAAAUUUUGGCAUUGCUGAAGAGCAUGUCUUUUUCUUUUUAACUCAGAACUUCUGUGCAGGAAUUAUAAAUCAAUGUAUCGGGGAAAGGGGAUAUCGGGGCAUUUUCAAGAUCCCACAGCCACUUGAUUCUAGAAAACAUCUGUUGAUAAUGGUGGUAAUACUUGUGAGAGAAACUUUUAUGAUGGUUGUUCGCAGUGAGGGAGUUCUGUGUGUAAUUUCUGCGUAUGCAACAUUGCACUGAAGUAAAUCCCUCAGAGAUGGGAUUGCUCUUACUUUGACCACGGCUGCAUUCCAUGCGCACCCAAGUCAGUAGGGUGCCUCGGAAUUGUAAGAUUGCAUCUCCUCCCUUUGUAUUUGCCAUUUAGUUUCCUUUAAGAAGUUAAAAGGGAGAAGAGGUGUUUUAUACAGGCUAUUGACUCUCCCGAUACUUAAAAAUAUAUUACUUAGAUAAUUGUAUAUUCAGUUUAAUUACUCACUGUUUCUAUACUGAAAGAAGACUUAACGAAGGGAAAAAAAAAACCAACAGCAAUAACAUUCAUAUCUAUGGAGCAGCUAACUAGUAUACCUAAUACUCUGCUUUUCAAACAGAACUAGCCAAUGUAAAAAAAUAAAGAAGUAAAUUCAACAUGUAAAUACUUUUUUUUUUCUUUUUUUUUUUUUCAUUUUACACUGUUGUAUUAUAAGUGUAUAUGGUGUUUACUUUUUCAAAACUCUUUCUUACCUGGUAGUUGUCUUGUUUUAUGAGUUGUGUUUUUAACUAAGAAGAACUUUUGCUGUCUGUUAGGAAAAACGAAACAAAAAAAAAACUUUUGCAAGUUUUCAAUGUGGGUUAACUUUUCGUCAUUUGCAUUUUAUUUGUCCUUAUUUUCAUUGUAAAGUAUUUUAUUAUUAAAAAAAUAAAAGUUGAUUCGUCCCCCUUCCCCCAUCAGCUCAUGUCUUUUAGAGGGAGGUUGUGUUUUUUUGAGGUGUUUUUUUGUUUUUUAAAAUCAAACGAAUUCACAGAAAUGACUUUUUUUUUUUUUCUUUCAAUUGAGGGGGAAAAAAAAAUCUAUACGUUUAUAAUAGCCAAUAGCAUUUCAGCACAUUUUGUUAUCCUGGUCUCUCCUAUGCUGCUGCUAAUGACAAUAUUAUGACUUACUCUACUAUUCUAGAACUAUUUUUAUGUAAUUAAUGUAUGCUUUCUUGUUUAUAAAUGCCUGAUUUAAAAAAAAAAGAAAAGAAAAAAGCUUGGCAUAUUUAUCUACUUCGCUGUGUACCUUGAUAGUCCUUUUACAUCCCCUUUUCCACAUCCCCUCCUCUGAAACAGAUAAUAUUGUAAAAUAAAGGACUUUAUGAGAUUAUGUAUGAAAAUAGCUAUGCUUAUAUACCACAGUGACUGAAUGUACAGUGUAUAGACGCAUUACCUAAAAUAAAAUUGUUUGUCCAGAAAACAA